UAAAAUAAUUCAUCUAAAAUAAUGUCUCCCAAUGCAUUAUUAACGCAGAAUUAAUAAUACGCAUUGGAUUAUCUUUACUUUCUCCGUAUAUGUUUUUCUUCAGAAUCAGCAAGCAGAGAUUUUGAAGUUCUUAUAGGUGGCCUCUCAUGGUGGUUUCACAGGCUGCAACUUUCUUUCAUGGAACUCUGUUUUCUACAGUUUGGUCAAGAAGGGUGGCACCAAGCGGGACGAUGAAGCCGCCUUUUUUUGCCCUGCAUUUUCCAACACAGAGUAAUCGAUUGCAGAAAGCUUCAAAGAUUUUUUGCAAGAUUAAUUGUUGCAAUCUUCUAGUUUUCAGUACCAAGUAUGGAUGUCCCUAUAUUCUGGAGGAUGACUGUGAUGAUGAUGAUGAUGACGAUGAUGAUGAUUGUGAAGAAGAAGAUGAUGAUGAUGACGAAUGUGAGUGUGAAGAUGAUGAUGAUGAGGAGGAGGAAGACUGUGAAGAUGAUGACGAUGAUGACGAUGAUGAUUGUGAAGAAGAGGAUGAGGAUGAUGAUGAUGAUGAUGAUUGUGAAGAGGACGAUGAUGAUGAUGACGAUGAUGAUGAUGAAUGUGAAUGUGAUGGCUUAUCUGAUGAGAGAAGCUAG